AUGACCUCUGGUCAGAAUGUCCUCAUAGCGGUAAUGGGAGCCACGGGUAGUGGAAAAACGACGUUCAUUAAUACAGCUAGCGGAGACGGUUUACGUGUUGGUCUCGGCCUGCGUUCGUGUACGAGCGAGGUUCAACUGUCCAAGCCUUUUCAAGUGGAUGAUCGUCUAGUCACGCUCAUCGAUACCCCCGGCUUCGACGACACAACAAAGAGCGAUGCAGACAUAUUAGCAAUGAUCGCAGCCUUCCUCGCGAGCACUUAUCGACAGGGGACAACACUCUCCGGGGUGAUCUACAUCCACCGCAUCUCUGACUUCCGUAUGGGAGGUAUCUCGACGCGCAAUUUCAAGAUGUUUCGCAAGCUCUGUGGCGAAGCGACAUUGCGAAAUGUCGUGUUAGUGUCGAAUAUGUGGAGCCAGGUGUCGCCUCAGGUUGGAGAGGCUCGCGAGGCAGAACUUGCCUCCGACCCCGCGUUCUUCAAACCGGUCUUGGACAAAGGUGCACAAUUCAUGCGGAAUGACAACACAUUCGAGGGUGCGAAGUGUAUUCUGGGCCGCAUCAUUCAGAAUCACCCACUACCCCUGUGCAUCCAGACGGAGCUGGUCGAUGAGGGGAGGACAGUCGUGGACACCACAGCUGGAGCCGAACUUGAUCGCGAGCUCCGUGACCAGGUGGAGAAACAUAGAGAGGAAAUGCGGCAGGUCCAGAACGAGAUGAGUGAAGCAAUACGACUUAAGGACGAGGAAACGAAGUUGGAGUUGCAAUCGCGUACCAACGAGCUUCAAGCAGAAAUCCAGCGAGUACGCGAUAGUGCUCAGAACCUGGCUACGAAUUACCACACGGAGACGGCCAGGCUUCAGCAACAGAUGAAAGAAAUCGGGGAAGCCACACAGAGGGAGAGGGAUUCGCUCAUUGCACAAUACGAAGGCCGUCUGAACAGUGUGAACCACGACUUGCAGCAGAUACAGCGAACAAGCGACAACGAACUUGUGGCAUUGAGGACGAGCAUUCAGCAAUUAGAGGCACAGAAAGAGGAGGCUGCAAGGCGCGCGGCGCAGGCGCGAAAGAGGCGCAGGAGAGGACCAUUUGGCAUACGAUGGUAG